AUGGUGAAGGCUGUUGCUGUGCUUGGUAGCAGUGAGGGUGUCAAGGGCACCAUCUUCUUCACCCAAGAGGGAGAUGGCCCUACCACUGUCACCGGGAGUGUCUCUGGCCUCAAGCCUGGCCUCCAUGGGUUCCAUGUGCAUGCACUUGGUGACACCACCAAUGGCUGCAUUUCAACUGGACCACACUACAAUCCUGCGAGCAAGGAGCAUGGAGCACCAGAAGAUGAGAACCGCCAUGCCGGUGAUCUUGGAAAUGUGACAGCUGGAGCAGAUGGUGUUGCUAACGUCAGUGUUACCGACAGCCAGAUCCCACUGACUGGGCCAAACUCAAUCAUUGGCAGAGCUGUUGUUGUUCACGCUGAUCCUGAUGAUCUUGGAAAGGGUGGGCACGAGCUCAGCAAGAGCACUGGAAACGCUGGUGGCCGUGUUGCUUGUGCUUUUGUCUUCCUAUUCUUUGCUGCUCCCUGCAAUCCACAGCAGCUGGACUCCAUUGACAAGAAUACAAGGACAUGGAAGCCAUCUCCCUCUUUUUCUCCUGAUCUCUGUUUUCCUCGUUGGCUUCUCCGUAGACCAGAAUGGCUAUGGCAGUGGCAGCAACAGCAGCUCGCUCCUGAAGUGCUCCCUGCCGUGUGGGUCUGUGCCUCUGUGGCCCUCUUCUCCGCGUGA